UAUUUAUUUUUUGCUUGUCUUCUAAUCAUAUGCAUCCGUGCUUUGCGACAGGGGUGGGCGUGGUGAUUCUGGGCAUCUGCUUCUGUUGUAUUCGACGAUGCUUCAAGAAGAGACGCACCAAGAAGGGCAAGGAUGGCAAGGGCGCCGACAUGAAGAGCGUCCAGCUGCUGGGAUCUGCUUACAAGGACAAGGGAGACAUGGAGGAACUGACAGAGAACGCGGAGGACAUGGCUGAGGAGGGCGAAAGUAAAAAGAGCGAAGAAAAAUUGGGACGACUAAACUUCAAGCUCGAGUAUGACUUCAACUCGAACAGCCUAAGUGUGACAGUGAUCCAGUGCGAGGAGCUUCCCGCUCUGGAUAUGGGAGGAACCAGUGAUCCCUACGUCAAGGUGUAUUUGCUGCCAGACAAGAAGAAAAAGUUCGAAACGAAGGUUCACAGAAAAACUUUGAAUCCGGUGUUCAACGAAACCUUCACAUUCAAGCAGAUCCCCUAUGCCGACAUCAUGAGCAAGACCCUUGUGUUCGGCAUUUACGACUUCGAUAGGUUCUCCAAGCAUGACCAGAUCGGCGAGGUAAAGAUCCCUCUGUGCCAAGUGGACCUGGCCCAAACAAUCGAGGAGUGGCGCGAUCUAGUGUCCGUUGAAGGCGAUGGUGGACAGGAUAAUAAGCUUGGGGACAUUUGUUUCUCGCUGCGUUACGUGCCGACUGCGGGCAAGCUAACUGUUGUGAUUCUGGAAGCGAAGAAUCUUAAGAAGAUGGACGUAGGUGGCCUUUCUGAUCCAUAUGUGAAGAUAUGCCUCAUUCAGAAUGGCAAGCGGCUCAAGAAGAAAAAGACGAGUAUCAAGAAGUGCACUCUCAAUCCUUACUACAACGAGUCGUUCUCGUUUGAAAUUCCUUUCGAACAGAUCCAGAAAGUGAACCUACAGGUGACAGUGGUGGACUAUGAUCGCAUCGGUACCUCCGAGCCCAUUGGCCGUUGUGUACUGGGUAUGAACGCGUCGGGAACCGAAUUGCGUCACUGGUCAGACAUGCUGGCUUCCCCUCGACGCCCCAUAGCCCAGUGGCACACCCUCAAAGACCCAGAAGAGGCUGAUGCCAUACUUACUCAGAAAUAAAGAGGGUGUGACUAGCAGUGCCAGCCACUUGCUUCUCGUCGGCCCCGAUGGGGAAGAGUGGAUAUGCUGGCGGCAGUUCGAGGUUUACGACACGCUUCGAUCCUGUCUCGCGAGUUAUUUUAUCUACGACGUCAUCAGUCAUGACCACACUUCCUCUCGCUCUUUCCCAUCCUUCUCCCUCCCCUGUGUUACUUAGAAUUCUGUAGAUGAUAUUGUAGCAAGGAUAAAUCGUGGCCUGCCGGAUGUUAUAACAGUACAUAGCCUAGUUUGGCAACGAUGAAUAUUAAAACAAACAAAAACAAUGUACAGCAAAGUCAACAUAAGUUAAUUUCUCGUAGUACAGAAGUUUUUUUUUUCUAACUUUUUUUUUUUUCAUUAUUAUCGUUACUGUUCAUGUGCGUCACUGAAGUGACUACUGGCGCAGUAACCAGGGCGCAUUGCUUGUCAUCCUUAAGCCAAAGAGACUGACUGAGGUUGUGUAGAAGUGUUUCCAGGUUCAAGGCGCAUGCGGGAAAAGAGGUUUUAAUUGGGAUUUCUUCUCAUGCAGUCCCAUCAAUGAAACAGACCAACUUUUCAAUUGUUCCAUGAGUCCUCAAUUUAAACCUGAUAUGGUAACAGUUCUUUACACUGAGUCUGUCAACAGACAGGUAUGCAUGCCUACCAGAUCCCAUGCAGUAAUCUAUACUCCAAAAUCACAUGGUUCCCUGUUUUUUGUAUUUCUAGUAAACAUAGUUCAAGAGAUUCCAGUCUUGAAACGAAAAUUUUGCCCCCAACCCCCUAAAAAAAAGUCUGUUUCGAGUAGGAAGGAGGCGACCCUUUCAUUUAUCCCUACAGGAGAUAUUUAAUAGGGUUUUUCCUGCAUCACAUGCCUCCAACUCCCCGCCGCGCCACACCCUUCCCUACUUUCUCCCUGCCCCUCUUCUUCAUGCUAUAAAUCUAUGAGCCUUGCAUUGACCUUCGCGCCUCAGCACUGUAUGUUGUGAUGAGAAAGUGAAGGAUGAGGGGGAGGGGAAGGGAAAAAUUAUCUGAAUAUACCCUUACUGCAUGUCUGUCUGUCUGUCUGUCUGUCUGUCUGUCAACCUGUUCACAUAAACUCCUAAUACCUACAUUUACCAUGUAUAUACGUAUUAUAGAACAUUUCUGUCUCGACUUGCUUCUUUUCAUUCUCUGUCUCAUUCACGUGAAUGAUAGUGUGGUUUUGAGUGCGAAUCUCUCCCCCUUCCCCUCAGUCUAGUUUGAUGGAGGGGUGAGAGGGAAAGUUGAAAUAAGAUUAAUAAGAAUAAUAAAUAAAUCACUUUUAUUCGGUAAUUAGGGAGACAGAUUGCCCACAUUGUUGUUGUUCUUGUUGUUGUGGUGGUGCAUCCUAACCGUAUGGAAUGACCCAUGGAUGGUGUGAUUUAUGGUGGCUGUGGAGCGUGGCCACGAGGAGUGAUGUGACCAGCAAAGGUGUGGUCAGAUAGAAAAUGGAGUGACCUACAACGGCUACAGGUGUGGCCAUUGGGAUAGAAUGACCUGCUAAGGCCGGAGUUAUCCCAUAUAGUGAUUAAGAGUGAAUAAGGCUGGACAGACAACCUCUCUUAUUCUUUUUCUUUCCCCUUCUCUAAUGGGGCGUCUGAGAGUGGCAUCAUUGUUCAUGCUAACCGGUAACUAUUGAUUUGCGAGUUUCCCUGCGUGAUAGAAUAAACAGAUAAAUAAGUAGACUCAUACACACACACACACACACACACACACACACACACACACACAGAUAAUAUAUAUAUAUAUAUAUAUAUAUAUAUAUAUAUAUAUAUAUAUAUAUAUAUAUAUAUAUAUAUAUAUAUAUAUAUAUAUACACAUUAUUUUGUUAUGUUCAUUUUCAGCCUAGAAGAGAGAUUGCGCAUAUUCAGUUAUUUAUUUAUUUUUUUUUUCUUUACUUUGAUAACUUCUGGCGCCAGUGUGGUCAGGUGCGCAGGUAGUUGGUUCGUACCAAGGCUUGCUCGCAGAAGCACACUCGCCAGGGAGGCCGUGGGUUCCUCGUGCCAUAAUACAUGUAAUGUACCUACGUGUUUGCUGUUCACAUCCUUUGGUAAUGUACGUGAUCGUGUGUACGUGAAUGUGCGUAUGUGUGGAAUGUGUCUUUCCUCCAUCGCGAAAGGAGGAAGGCUGUGGUCUUCAUUAUGAGGCGGGGAGUGGAUGGUUGGAAGGUUGCUUAUCUUGUCUACCUGAGGGAUAAAGCUGCUGAGUGUCCACCUACCGCCUAGCAGUGAAGAAACUUCAUCUCAAUCACAAGCUAUUUUCAGUUAAACACUGAAGAAAAAGAAAAUAAGAUGUUAUUUCCAUUAUUGUUAAAAACACGCAUGAAAAGUCUUUAUAAAUUCAAUGUGAACUUAAAUAUGUAGAAGUUAGAGAAGCAGGACAUCACCCUCUUUAUAUUCUCCAUGGUUCCAUACUACUGACAGUUAUGGUUAGCGUUGGAGGAAAAUAUGCCCGGGGAUUAUGUGAACACGAAGGUGACAUGGCGGUUUUCCGCGGCCCGCAGAGUAGCGACUGGCCGAGGCUGCUGACACGGCCAGCCGUCAUAUCAAACAAGUGUUGAUUAAGACUAAACUAAUCUCUCUCUCUCUCUCUCUCUCUCUCUCUCUCUCUCUCUCUCUCUCUCUCUCUCUCUCUCUCUCCACACUGCAACAGGAGAUUGGAAAAAUUGUCACAAAUAGUAUUUCUAUUCACACACAACGAGGGAUGCAGAGGAGAGGGGGAGAACGAUAUGCGGUUAUAUCUAUUAAGUCUCUCUCUCUCUCUCUCUCUCUCUCUCUCUCUCUCUCUCUCUCUCUCUCUCUCUCUUAGUCAAAUGUAUUACUGCCUUUUCCAGUCAUAUUUAAGCUGAAUGUCUGUCUCGUAUUUAAAAGAGAGUAACCAAAGACGUGUGUGUGUAUGUGUGUGUGUGUGUGUGUGUGCGUGUGCGUGUGUGUGUGUGUGUGUCAGUAUCAGAUAUCGGCAGAGCCGUUACGUAAUAAUGAUAUCACAUUGAAGACAAAAUCUCUCUCUCUCUCUCUCUCUCUCUCUCUCUCUCUCUCUCUCUCUCUCUCUCUCUCGGACAUACGAGUUAUGUACAUCUUGAGAGUGUGUGUGUGUGUGUGUGUGUGUAAACUAAGUUAGACAUGCUGUGCUCACGUGAAGAAGCGACGUAAAUGACUCAUCUGCCCCUGAAAUAAAACGUAGUUCCCUCCUAGCCAGUCUCUCUGCCUCGCUUCGUCUAAGCCAGCUCGAUUCCAGUCUGUUCCCACAGGAACGCUGCAGGCAGAGAUGGGUGAAGGAUGGGACGAGCCGGGGAAGGGAGGCUGUCUUCAGGAUGCAGACAUUAGUGUCACCUUAUGUAAUUAGUUGGUUCGUUUGUUUGUUUAGAACUGUACCGUCUGGGGUAGUCCCGCCCCGCGCUGUCGAGGGUGUGUGUAAAAAAUACGUUAGUCAAGUAAUACUACUACUGCUACUACUACUAAUAAUAAUAAUACUAAUAUUAAUAAAAGUUCAGAAGCUGGGA